GUAACAAUUCUUUACUCAGUUAGCAAUGACAGUCUCUAGUGGCCUACAAUCGUUCGAAUCAUUCUGUUGUUAUCUAGCAGGUUUAUUUCCCAAGUUAUUCUGUACACUCACGUUGACAUGGUCAACCCUUGUCAUUAUAUUUAUUGUACUGCCAAAGUAUAUUGAAUCUUCAACCACGUCCAUAAUAAUAAAUACGACAACAUCCAUACUAUAUAUCCUAUGUAUCGUAACAUACUACCGGAUAAUAAUGAUUGGACCAGGUUCACCAUUAGAUUAUCCUGAAUUAAAAUUCAACCAACCAUUGCAUGAGAACCCAUAUACUGAAAACCCUUCAUCACAACAGCAACCUCAACAACAACCACCCCCAAAGCAUAUCAUGACCGUACAUACAGCACAAAUAAACGGGAAUCAAGGGUACCAUUAUUGUGAUAAAUGCCAAUGUUGGAAACCAGACAGAACCCAUCAUUGUUCUUCAUCAGGACGAUGUAUAUUAAAAAUGGACCAUUAUUGCCCUUGGUUUUCAACCUGUAUUGGGUUUUUCAAUCAUAAAUUUUUCGUACAGUUCUUGAUAUAUGUUGCCAUAUAUAGUACGUUUGUGUUUGUAACUUCAUUUCUCGUGGUUUAUGGGUUCUUGUGGGGUGAAAGAUUCCACCAUGAGUUUUUAUCGUUGAAUUUGGUAAUUCUUUGUGUGUUAUCAUUUGCAUUUUCGGUAGCAGUGAGUAUGUUUGCUGCGUUUCUGGUAUACCUUAUCUUUAAGAAUUUAACUACAAUUGAAUUUCAACUGCAACGAUGGGGGAGCUCCGACAGGGGGUACAACUACGAGUUUACGAAUAAAGUACAAAACAGUAAUAUUUAUGAUUUGGGUGCUUGGGAAAAUUGGAAGCUGGUUAUGGGACCAGAUUGGAAAACUUGGAUUUUACCAAUUAAUAUUAAUAUUAAAUCAAUUCAUGCUUUUGAUAAAAAUGGAAUUAAUUUUAAAGUUAAUCAGGAGAUUUAUUCUAAAUGGUGUGAAAAUGCCGAAUUACAACACCAAUUGAAUCAACAAUUACAAGAUUAUAAGCACAGAUUAAGAAGGGAAAGACAACAAGAGUAGUUCUAGUGUAUAUGUAUAGCAGGUAUUUUUUAGGUAAUUCUAGAUUGAUCUGUAACCAUUCUUAACUAAAUACUAUAUUAU